CAGGUGACCAGACCCCCGCAGCAUCAUGUGACUUGGCUCAUGUGAACAUGGCGUCUAGGAUAAACAAGAUGUUUUCUGUGGGGUGUUCCAGCUCAGUUUCUGUAGCUUUCUACGUGUUGUGUUUAAUUUGCGUCCGAGCCGAGAUCAAGUCCGCGGUGAUCGACACGCAGAGCGGCGAGCUGUCUGUGGUCGACGGCUUUCACAAGGACUUUGUAGCCUGGGCCAACUUCACUGAUGACAUCCAAACAUCAGGCUGGUCUUUCUUGGAGGUCACGACCAGCAGUAAGUACAAUGACAGUAUCCAGGCCUAUGCUGCUGGAGCAGUGGAGGCUGCCGUCACAUCUCAGCUCAUCUACAAGCACUGGAUGAACACACUGAUGGACUACUGUGGGCCCUUUACGAGUCAGGCGGGUUACUGUGAGCGCCUUAAGGCUUUCAUCACAACCAAUCUGCAGUGGGUUCAGGACCAGAUAGAGGAGCAUCCAAACUCACCGUACUGGUACCAGGUGCGUCUGGCCCUGCUGCAGCUGAAAGGUCUGGAGGAUAGCUACAACGACGAGCUGUCCCUUCCAACGGGGCCGCUCUCCUUCAAUCCAUUUGGUUUCCUUCUCUUCCAGCUGGGCGGGGAUCUUGAGGAUUUGGAAUCGGCUCUGAACAAAUCAAGCCAAACGCGACCUCUUGGAUCGGGUUCCUGCUCUGCUCUCAUUAAGCUGUUGCCAAACAAUAAGGAUCUGCUGGUGUCACAUGACACCUGGAACACCUACCAGUCCAUGCUCCGUAUUAUGAAGAAAUAUACGUUUGAGUUCAAAGUCUCUCCUUUAGAUAAUUAUUUUAUUCUUGGGAGAAUUCAGGCAUUCUCAUCCUACCCUGGUUCUAUCUUCUCUGGAGAUGACUUUUAUAUCCUCAGUAGCGGCUUGGUUACGUUGGAAACUACCAUCGGCAACAGCAACCCUGCUCUCUGGAAGUUUGUGCAGCCCACAGGAAGCGUCAUGGAAUGGCUGAGGAACAUUGUGGCUAACCGACUGGCUGUUACUGGCAAGACAUGGGCCGAGAUAUUCACCAAGUACAACAGCGGAACGUAUAACAAUCAGUGGAUGAUUGUAGACUAUAAGUACUUUACUCCGGGGAUGACUGAUAUCAAGGAGGACCUCUUUGUUGUGUUGGAGCAGAUUCCGGGACUUGUUGUUUACGCUGACAAAACUGAGGAAUUGCUGAAGAAAGGAUAUUGGGCCAGUUUCAACAUACCAUACUACCCGGCCAUAUUUAAUGCCAGCGGCUGCAAUGAGCUUGUGGAGAAGUUCGGCCCUUGGUUCUCUCUGGAGCAGAGUCCUCGGGCUCAGAUAUUCAGGAGAAACCAGACAGAUGUUACAGAUGUGGACUCAAUGGUUCGCCUCAUGAGGUAUAACAACUUCAAGGAAGACCCAUUAUCUAAGUGUGAAGGCUGUGAUCCCCCUGGCAAUGGAGAGAAUGCGAUCUCGGCUCGAUCGGACCUGAACCCAGCGAAUGGAACCUAUCCCUUUGGUGCCUUAAGGCAGAGAUCACAUGGGGGAACUGACAUGAAGAUGACCUCCUACGAGAUGUAUAAAGACUAUGGCAUGGUGGCAGUGAGCGGGCCGACCUGGGACCAGGUGCCACCCUUCCAGUGGAGCACUUCCCCUUACAAAGACUUGAUGCACAUGGGUCACCCUGAUACUUGGGCAUUCAAGCCUAUAAAAGUUAGCUGGACUUCCUAAUUGUUAUUAUGUUAUUAUACUAUGUGUACAAGUAGCAUGGACAGAACUGUCAGCUGUGCUGUUUUAAGUUUUGAAAAAGGGAAACAAUACUUUUGUUUUAUGUUUUUUCUGAACACAGGACAAAUCCUGUUUAAUUACAGUAUUGAACUCUUUGAAACAUAACCAUAAUUCUCACAAUCUUACUAAAAUGGUGUAUUAUAUCAGAUUUUGUGUUUUUAAGAUGUUGAUUUCUAAUGCAAAAUGUGUGAAUAUGAAACAACUGCCUAGCUGCUGGUUUAGAAAUGUAUUUGAUAGGUGGAAGCACAACAUGCUUUGGAGUAUCAGCACUGAUGUUGAUGAUGUUGAUCUAUUUUCUAAAUAAACAGUGCCCUGAUAAUUGUCGUUUUUAAAUAUA